AUGAAAGAGAGAGACCCAAAUCUACUUCAAUCAAAUGUUUUCCUGGCUACCGAAGACGCGUACGUGACUGGAGCGGUCCUUGACGACACAAUCUUGUACAAUUCCCCAUACCACAAACUUGACAAGAGGGUCAAUGGAAAGACCGUGAUCCUAGAUCCUUUGGCGCCAGACUACAAGGAAAUCGUUCUAGAUAGAGGAACGGCGCUUGCGCCCGAUGAAAUCUUGGAGUCGAUUAAGCCCCUGGCUUUGAAGAUCCCACUUCGAAACCGAGAGGAUUUCUGUGCCGAUGAUCUUCCGACCCCUGAGCUUCUAAGAAGCAUACAUUACUAUGCUAGACAAUCAAAGGUCAUUCUCAAUUCUAUGGAUGAGACCGCGUUAUUGGCGCUAGGGAUGGUCGCUGAACUGUGGGCCGAUGAAAUGAUCGGUGAUGGUGAGGCCCUGGUGUUCCUUGCAGCUGAUCCCACAGAUGCUCUUAAGUUUGCGCCGGCAGAUUCACUGCACUCAGAAAAUUCGGAGUUGGAUAUAGUGGGGUCUGCAGACUCCGACUCUGAUAUCAUGUCCUUGGAACUCCUGGAGAGCGACACGGACGAGGAGAUCAAGGAGUCUGAGAGGAAGAGAUUGAAAGUCAUGGACAGCAAAAGGGCUCCUGAUAUUUCAUCAGACUCGGAAUCUUCUUCGGAUGAUAGCUCGGAUAGUUCUAGUAGUUCCGACACUUCUGAUAGUUCUGAUACUUCCAGUGGUUCCGACAGCUCAGAUGACUCUGACUCGUCAGAUAGUUCGAGUGCUUCUGAUGCUUCUAGUACUUCUGAUGCUUCUGAUGCUUCUGAUGCUUCUGAUGCUUCUGCCACUCUACAAAACUCGAGUAUAUUGGAGAAUUCCGGAAGUUCUUCAAAGUCAACUGCUAACAAUAAUCGUUCAAUCGACAAGGAUAAGUCAGACCUCUCCGAUCACCCAGAACGAUCUGAAAUCUCCAGAACUCCCGAUAAGAACUGUCCUCAGAAAUCAAGCCCCGAGGAGCUUGAGCUGAGCAGGAAUAGCACCAAAAUUAUCGAAGACAGUCAUUCAGACAGAUCUGAUGCAGAACAUAGUGAUCCUGUAGAAGCUGGAGAGGAAACUCAAUCAUAUGGAGUUGACCCAAUUCAAAAACCGGACCUUAUUUUCUACGAAAGCGAUGCCGAAAAUAGUGGUGGUAACAAUUAA